AAAAUGUAUUCAUUUUAAUGUAGGUAAUACACGUUUCGCAAGUGUAUUGCUAAUGUUAGCUACUCAGCUAGCAAGCGUUUGAAGCUCGACCAAUCAGCAUUAGGAAAACACUUGAAACGCAGGCGCACUAUGAAUUCUGUAAGAGAAUAGAACAGCGAGUGCUUCAGAAGCUAAUGCCUGCUUGCCAACAUGCAACUGUCAGAUAAAGUAAUUUCGGCUGUUUCAGAUUAUCCUGAAUUAUACAACAUAACGUUGAACUCGUACAAGGAUUCACAGAGAAAGGCAAGGGCAUGGAGGGCUGUAAGUCUGCAAGUGGAAUUGCCUGUGGAUGAUUGCCGGAAGAAAUGGAAGAACCUGAGGGACACUUUCAUCAGAUUCAAGCGGGCUGAGCAACAGAGGAAAGCCUCUGGGGAGCCGGAGAGUCACAAGAAGACCUGGAUGCACAGUAGGAGAAUGUCUUUCCUCACCCCUUUCAUCCAGUCCAAGGGCUGGCAAGGAGAUGCUGCAGAGGACUUGGAGGAGAGGGGUGAGGACUUGGAGGAGAGGGGUGAGGACUUGGAGGAGAGGGGUGAGGACUUGGAGGAGAGCGAUGAGGACUUGGAGGAGAGCGGGGAGGAUGAAGUGGAGAAGGAGAGAAACGGGGAAACUGCCACAAAAGAUGUAGAUGAUAAAUCCGCCUUCAUCAUCCAUGAGAUUGAGGGGGACCAGGCAGACAGCGAGGGUGCUGCCUCUCCUGACACUGCAUUGGGAUCCAAUGGGCCCGGCCAAAAGAGGAGGUGGCAGGGGGAUGGGAUGGAGGACAUAGAGGACGAGAUGUUUUUCUUCAGUUUGCUUCCAUAUCUUAGGAAGCUUCCCCAUAAAAAGAAGAGUGCUGUAAAACUGAAAAUUCACCAACUUCUACAUGAAGCAUUGUUCCAGUAACACAAUAGGAGUCAUAUGUUGUUUGGCAGCAAAGGUGGAAAGUCCAGUAUCCCUAUUCGGGAAAACGUUGAUCUGUUUAUGCUAACAAACAUUUCAGUUGAGUUUAACUUUUAACAUGUUGAUGGACAAGUUAGCCAAUAAUCAUACUCCUCACUCAUGUGACAGUGGAACAACAUUCCUAUAUUCUAAUUUUGUUUUUGUCCUCAAUGUAUUAGCGUGGCCUCUGCUUUGUCCAAAGUGAUUUAUUAAGAACUACAAAUGAUGGAUGAUUAUAGAUGUGUGAUUCAUGCUGCCCUUUUAUAACUGGCCUGUGAGCAGUUUGGUCUUUUUUAAUGCGCUAACAUAUUUGUCAGUCAGUCAACAAGUUCAACUCAUCAGAAAAGUAUGGGCAUGGCCAAACUGGCAUAUCUGAUUUUAUCUGGAACCAUGAUUUCCAUAUUUUCUGUAUGGCAGUAAUGGUGAUGAUGUAUCCACUAUUUAGAAAAUGGGAAUCUGUUUUCACUGACAAAAAGUUCAAUGAGUUUAACUUCAAUUUUUUUUUACAGACAAACAGAUAUGAAUCCAGUUAGUGAUAUCAACCUGUCAUCCCGCAAAAAAGCUCAGGAAACAGUUCAGUGGUGCAAUUAUAUAACUUUCCAAAACACUUUUGACUUCUCAUGACAGGGCAGGAAGAUAACACAGUGAAGCUGGACUCAUGCUUAUACUAGCCAGUUUAAUCGUCUACGCCUGCUUUGUCUGCAAUGCUCUUUUUGAACAAGCAUGUGACUGGCUCACUGAUUCAAGGGAACGAGGAAAACAUCAGAAUAAAUAUGCUCAUGGAUUAAAUUAAGAAUGUUACCUCCUGUAUCCCUGAAUUGAAAUCACUGGUUGACAGCAAGUAUUGAAAAGUGGUUGUUAGACAUUACAAGAAAAUCUUACAGCAGUAACUGGUGACCAUGUUGAAUGCUAUCCUUUGGCGGUUUCUAAAGAUUCUGGACAUGGUACACACUGCUCAUGUCUACACGGACCAAUUAGAAAAAGGUUUUACUUGGAAAAUUCAUCCUGUGCUAAUUUGGUCUGCAUUCUCAAUAGAUCAAUGUGGCCUUUUUCCUUAAAAAACAACUGACUGAUGAGGACGCAUCAUUUCCGUUGUCCACCAGUGUAAGACUCCCAUUUGAGGAAGCUUGGAUGCAGAUAUAUGAAUUAACAGCCUAGUUUUGGCCAGCAUGGUCCCAGGGUAAUAUAUGACAGUAUAUGUACAUUUUUGACAGCUGAAUUAAUGUGCUACAUUGUUAUGAUACGUUACAAUGUAACGUGUAUCAAUGUGCUACUAAAAUGUAAAAAAAAAUGCGAAAACGUAUAUCACAUUAUGAAUGCUGCUAAAACUUGUGGCUGGCCUAACAAAUAUAAUGUAACAUCUUUUGAAUUUGUCUAUUACAUAUAAUAUCUUACAUAUUCCCCUGAGUCCAACCUGUUUGACUAUGUUUUGUUCUGUUACCAACUAUUGUUUUAUACUCACAGUUUGAUAUUAUGCCUGUUGUUUAUGGUUAUUGCGAAGUCAAUUGUUGACAAAUAAAUACUUCUGACAAUUA